ACAGAAUCUUUAGAUCUCCAUUUUCUGCAAGAUUCCAAUGGCUAUGCAUUAGUAACAGACGGUAUUCCAGAUAUGAUGUCAUUCUCUGUUUGUUUCUGGGUUAAACUCAUUUACCGGUAUCCUGCAGGAAGCUUUAAUACUAUGACAUUGCUUUCAUAUUCUAACUCCAAGUACGAUAAAGCUUAUCUCGUGAAUACUCAAGGAACGUCCGUCAAUACCUUCAUGGACGACAAGGAUUAUUAGUAAGUACAACAAAAAAAACAAAUGCAGACAGGGCGAAUUUUGAAAGCAGCUUACUAGCUCUCUUUUAGCACCGUUUGUGAAGCUUUUGUUGUGAUUUUAAGGCGAUUUCUUUAUCGUUUUAUCGUGAUUUUCUACCCUUUCUACAGCAGUAACCGUAUGGCGUUCUAGGUUUUAGGUAACUCUAACCUCCCCCCCCCUUCGGGGGGGAUACUUCCUUCUAAGAGGCUAAUGGGGAUGUGCCGCUGGAUGGGGUCGCAUUUUCACGACUGGAUUGAUUAUAAUGGCGUUGUCUUCUCAACAGAGGUUCAAUAGAGUUACUAGAAUGGGGUCUCACAUUUUCCGCGGAUUUUGGGGCGUAAGGCAGUUCUUCAUAUCUACGCUUAGCAAACGUACCAGAAUGUUUGUACUGUAGAUGAAAAGUAACUUGUUAAGCGUUCUUCAUUCAAUCUAAAAAAUGGGUCAAUUCAGUAAAAAUAGAAAGUGUCUAAGGUAGGAUUGCGAAAAUUACAUAUUUGCCCAAAAGUUACUGAGAUGGGGUCUACAAUUGGCCACAGCCAGACGGGGCAGGCGUUCUGAGAGGCCAGCGGCACAUACCCAGCAAAAAUUAACCCAAGUACCCCCCACCCUCCCCUCCCCCGGCCCGGGACUCUAGCUUGCUUAGGAAAUCGCCGAUAAAUCAAAUGAAAAUUCGAUCUGGAAAGGUUGGGUUUUAAACAUCCAAGAAUAAAAUCGAGUUGACCUCCUGGCAGUAUCAUGCAUACACUCACUCUUACAAAUAGAACGUAUCAGUUUCAGUAUUUCACAUAUCCAACUUCGAGAUGGGAAAUGGCUCCAUGCUUGCCUCAUUUGGGACCAGGAAAAUACAAGAACAAUUACCUUCUUUGAUGGUGUUCAUAAAACGACAAUGAAGCCACCGUCUAGACAAGGUAUGAAAGCCUAAGAACACAAGUAGCCUUAAUGCGCACGUAUUUGUCGCUGAACGAGAGGGCCGCAUUUGAAAAAUUAAGCAUUGGAAAUGUGUUUUGGAAACGAAGUGGUUUGGUGAUCAUUAUCACCGCAAAUGUUCGUGACAAUCUCUUAAUUCUUUAAAUUUAUCCAAAUUUAAAUAAUCAUUUAAAUACAACGCAUAAUUGAUAAUUGAAGAUGGGUAAAAAUUUAACUUAGGGACGUUUACACGGCCCCGUACGAAUUUUCGACCGUUGUAAAUUUGUGUCAGUAUUCCGUUGACACGAGGCCACCCUUCCUUUGAGGUCAAAGUUUUAGCCCUGUGCUGCGGAAAAUUUGAACUGCGCAGUGUGAAUACGUAACCGUCUAAAUAGAUUGUACGGCAACGGCGUGGUUGCACCGGAUGCGUGGUAACUCAGCUGGGAGACGCCAUUAAUUUAGAUUUGCUAAAGUAGCGUUCUACGCAAGGGCAGAUGAGGCAUUACCAUAGAAAAAAAAUUCAAAUUCAAACUGGUUCGUCAGUUCCGAGUGAACAAUGCAAACUAUGAGACGUUUCUGGGUGAACGAAGUUUCCCUUAAAAUAGACCAAGUUUGAUGUAUCAAAAUUCACUUGGCUCCGAGGUUUGGGGGAAUGAAACAACAAAAUUAUCUUGAACCUGGGCAUUGAAUAAUGCAUUCCCUCGGUUUUAUUCCCUCAAGCCUCGCUACCAAAGUAUAGGUUUCAAUAUUACAUCGAAAUUGGUCUUGACAGACAUUUGAAAAUCUGGCAUAAAAUGCUUUCCAGCAGAUACUUUUUUCGCUCGGGCGAUUUCAGCGUACUCGAGAAAGACUGGAUGAAUCGAUGUCGUGCGCUUGGUGUUGAUAGUGUGCUUGGUUUUUUUCUGAAAGUGGCUUGGUUAUAACCAUCGGUUUAUCAGUAAAUGGAUGUAAACGAGACGAGAGAAAAAAGUAUGACGAGUCCAGAAGUACGGGCUGCGGCGUCUUCAAAGGCUUGAACGAGCGAUUCAGAUAGAGCCUCCUUUUCUCUAGGAGGUUCAACGAGCUUAGCAUUAGUGAAGGCUACUGAAUCUGGUCAGCCAUGAUGGUUAUCUCUUUAUUUCAAUUAGAAAAAAUUCUCAAAGGAGGCGGGACAAUGGUCAUAGGUGCCAGGAUGCAACCAGACGGAACACUCGCUGAGCACAUGAACGGAAGCUUGAGUAACCUGAAUGUGUGGAACAAAUACCUCACAGCUGAUGAAGUGCAAAAUGUCUACCGCUCGUGUAACUUAGCAAAAGGAAAUGUGUUUUAUUGGUGCAGUCACGUGAUUAACCUCAUGACGAGGAUGAACGUCAGUAUGGUGUCCCCAUCAACGGCUUGUAGCGCUUCAUGUAAGUGUCAUCCAAAAAUUUCUUUGUAGUAAGACAGGAAGUUGAAAAUUAAAGCAAGAAUGAAAUUAGUACAAAUGCCCUACAAGGCACUCAACAAAUGUUUAAAAUGUUUUCGUUUCAAUCACGUAAAUCUUCUUGAAAAAUUUCUAUAACGUUUUUUCUGGUGGAUUUGCAUAAAAAUAUCAUAUUCCCUCUGGGCACCAGCUCGCCCUGCUAGCCGCAGAGCCUGCUUUCUUUCGAGGGGGAGUUGCUUGUUUUGGUGCAGUGUACUCAAAAAAAGACUUUGCAUGAAUCGAGUACAAUCUAUUUUGAGCAUGCACUGCAUUUUGCUAGGAUACCGUUUUUUUUCCAGGCCUUAAAGCCGUCUCUCACUUAAACUGAACUAGUAGUCCAGAAGUUCGGGGCCGCAACGACUUAAAAAGCUUCAGUGACGCGAUUCAGGCCUGAGAGCCUACUUUUCUCCUCCUGAAUCACGAAGAAUACAAAAAGAUGCUCUGCUCGCAGGAUGAUUCCCUCUCUCGGUGUUAAACAUAUCAUCAGUUAUUUUAUUUCCAAGAGACCGCUCACAAGGAUUGUUUCGUCUUUCACGUUGCUAGCAGAUCCCUGGCUUUCAUCUUCAUUCUUGAGCCUGAUACUCAAAAUGCUAGAAAUUAUUCUGUGGACAGCUACAAUGUUUAGCUGGUCAGGGCCGGCAGAAAACGUACUGAACUUGAAAUUAAAGUCAUUAUCAUCAAUUCAACCUGCUGUUCAACGGUUUCUUUAAUGGAGUAUUUAUAUGGGAUACAGUAAUGACAUCAAGUAGUUUGUAUAUCGAUUAUUUUAAAUCUAAGGGGCAGAUAACCGGCCUGGGCCUUAGUUACAACCCUGGCCGCAGUUCAAACACGAGCAGCCAGUGGAAGCCGUUUGACACGGAAGUUAAAAACCGUGAUUAAGCAAAUUUCUUUCUUUUCUCAUUAAUAUUUUUUCAUUGUUAUUAACUAAAUAUUACUCUGUGUUUUAGAUACCGAUGGGAUGUUUACAAGUCUUGAACACUACAAGCUAAUAGGACACCACAUAUCUGUUUAUGAAGUAAUGGACGCGUUAGCCUGUGCGUCACACUGCCUUCGGACCUGUCGCUGCCAAUCAUUUCAUUUAAAAAGGCGACCGAAUGGUCGAAACCUUUGUCACCUUAACAGCGGCAGUAAAAAUGACUUUCCUGAUGACUUCGUUUUUACAAAUCGAGAGAAAUACACUUACUACGAAAGAGUGUAA